CGGAGCCAGUAAACUAAUAAUAAACUGGAUAAUAUUUGUCUUUGAGGCGGUUGCAUGAUUCGGAACAAGUGGAAUAAGAUUGGCGUUAGUGCAAGAACUGGAUUUUUUAAAAGUUGCUCAGCUAAGAUUUUUUAAAAAAAAAGUCAAUAGUACAGGCUCUGCUGUUGCGUGCCAAAGUUCCUGAGAUGAAUUUAAAGCAACUUGUAGCUUUUCAGUCAAGUUGGAUUCUGGUGAGAAGAAGUGCCAGCUCAGUCACGGAAAGCAAGAGACAUCAAGCCACGAUAACGACAGAGGAGAAAACAGGCAAGGGAAUAUCUCACUCAAUUGUUAGGGACUAACUCGCUGCCUGGCUCAUAGUCAUCUGGAGGUAACUGAAGUGGCUGUGACGGGAAAAAAAAAUCAGAAAAGUAAAGGUUAUUUUCCCUGUUGCAAAAAAUUGAAGAGCGGAAUGCAGCCAGCAGGAGUCACUGUCUGUCAGAAUAGUUCGCCAAACUUUGCAGUCACUUGUUUCAUUUCUCUCAGCGGCUCUUUGUAAAACUUAAAAAAAAACACCAUACCGCGGCAGAUGGUUUGAUAAUCGAUCUGUGCAAACUUUCGCAAAAAGAAUCAAUUUAAAUGAAUGCUUUCUACAUAUAAAGUAACAAGAGGGAACGUGGAAUCAACAUUAGCGUUACUCAGCUCGGGAGAUGCCCCUCUCUCCUGUUAUUAUGCUGAACCACUGUACACAUUACUUCAACAACUUCGUAUGAAAAGAAUGACUCCCCCUCUAAUAAUAAUGGGAUUGCUAUUCCUGCUAAACUAUAUUUAUCCAGAGGCAGAAUGUGUAUGGAAGACGAUACAUCAGACUGUUUAAAAUAGAUACAGAACUCUUGUUUUCAAUUCAAAUUGGUUCCUGCGGAGAGUUCAGCAAUGCUGCUGAAUUUCCUUCUCGGAAGUUGUUCCGCAGAUGCGAAUUUAGUUUGAGCGCUGGAGCUUUUUUCAAAAGAAACAUUCACCAAUGCCCUAAAGGCUAACUGGAGAGAUAACUGGCGAUUGCUGUGUCUCUGAACAGAAAUAUCUCCGAAUAAAAUGGAGGCUGGCUCUGGGCAUCAUAUUUUGAAUACAGAGAAUGUUGGCAGGCUUGAAUCCGUGGAGUCAGCCAGUGCUGAGCCUAACCUGUACCGGAUGUACCUGUCUUGCUUACCUGACCGCUACAUGAAGGCAAAAAUGAGCCUGGCAGCCUACCUCAUAGGCUGGGCCCUUGUACUUCUUUGUAAGCGAGCAAUAGAUAGGAACUCAAACCUUCAGCACCAGCAGGUUUCCGAAGCUGUCGAGAAUCAUUCUGAUCACUGUGAAUCUGAGAAGAAAGACAGUUCAGAGGAAGAAACUCCAGGACCAUCCCAAGUUUUUCCAAAUGCACAACACGAGUUAAAUAAAACUACUGAGGAAGAAGUUCCAGCAACAAGUGAAACUAGUUUUGAGAGUACUUGGAGUUCAUGUCAUUUUCUCCCUGAAGUAUAUAUAGAAACAAAUAACAUUGACUUUGAUGACUUAGGAAGUCUAAUUCAUGCAGCUGUUGAACCACAGCUCAAUACCAGUGCCUCUGAUACGAUCCUGCAACUACAUGCACCACAGAUAAGGACUUAUACACCUGGUGCCUGUCAGAAUUCUGAAUCCCAUGGCAUAUCCUCCAAGGCACAAGUGACACCAAACGGAGCUUCACCUGGCCUUAAAUCGGAGAUAAGUGACACUUCAGCGGACAAACCUGAAGUGAAGUGCAAUAGUUAUCCCCACACACCCUCUGAGCAAAGUGCUGUUCCUUUAAUAACUAGUUGGUCUGCACUCGAUACAGCAUCUGAAACAUGUGGCGCUUCUUCGGAGACAGAAUCAGCAACAUGUGAAUUUCCGAUAAAGUCAAGAGCAAAUGAAAUUUCCGAUGAAUUAAGUUCGGAAAAGUACAGUAGUUCUUCUGAGACAGAAACAGAAACUCCUGCUGCCACUUUCCUUGAGGUCCGCACGACCAGCAGUUAUCCUGAUUUGAACUGGGAGUCAACUGAGAAUUCCCCAUAUAUACAAGAACAGAUUGAGAUUUCUCCUGAAAAGAAAGCUUUGCCAAGUACGAUUCCUUUGGACAUUAACACAGAGCCAACUUCCUCAGAAGCAGCGGAGCUCAAAAGAAAUUUCCUGGAUAAACAAUCAGAGGCUGCUGUGAUUUGUCCUGGGCUGUAUCACACAUCGGAUGUCAUUAAACCAGAUACAGUUAAAACCUCUCUGACAGAGUCAGCCGGGACAUCCUUGAGCUGUGAUCGAGUUUUAAGUGAAAUUCCCUUGGAAAUUAAUCAAGGUUCCACUGCCAUUUCUCCUAGAACUGAUGAAAUUCUUCCUCCAACAGUAACAGAGUUGAUCAGCACUCCCCUGGAUGUGAGCCAAUACCAAAGUGAAAUUCCAAUCGAAGUAGAAUCCAAUCCAAUUGUGCUCUGUCCACAGUUGGCUAAAUUUCCUCCUAAGCACACAUCAGAGGCAGAUUCGCUUUCUCUGAAUGUAAACCAUGAUCUAAAUGGAACUCCAAGCAUAGACAAAUCAGAUUCUGACGAAAACUUGUCUGAGCCUAGCAACGUUUCAAACGGAACUGUAACAGCGUUGUCCUGGGUUUCUCUGGAUGCAAACCAAGGUCCAAGCGAAGCCUUGUCUGAUGCACAGCCAAAUGCCUCUGGAAUUGAUCUUGAGAAAUAUGAGGUUUCUGCUGGAUUAAAAUCAUUCCAGUCUUCAGCAGGCACAGAUCACAAUCAAAGAGAAAUCCCCAUCAGUAGAGAACCAGAUCUCAUUGGGACUGUACCUGACAUUUGUGGUGGAUUUGAAUCCAACUCAAUCUUGCCUUGUCUGGCUACAAGUCAGCCUGUAAGUGAAAUUCCUCUUGAGGUUGAACCACAUGCUGCAAAAAGCUGUGUCCUGACAGGUGAGAUUUAUGGUGAAAUUAUCUCAGAGUCAGUCUGGGCUUUGUUGGAUACCACCCAAGAUCGAAGUGAAUUUUACUCUGAAGUAAAGCCAGAUUUCGCUGCAGGAAGCCCUGAAGCAAGUGAAUUUUUUACAGGGCUUAUAUCAGAGCCAACCUGGGCUUCACUGAACACAGAGCAAGAUCCAGGUGAGAUCCCAUUUGAAACACGACCACUUCCUACCGCAAUCAGUACUGAGCCAAGUGUGGUUUCCGCUGGGAUUGUCUCAAAUUCAGUCUGGGUUCCUCUGGAGCCAGACCAAGAUCUGACUGAAUCUUCUUUAAAAAUAGAAUCAGCCCCCACUGCGGAGUGCCCUGAAUCAAGUUCUGAAGUCAGUAAAAUCUCUGCCCUGAUAAAUUCAGUGGAAAAUCUUUCUUCCCCAUUAGAAGGGGGUUCCCCAAACAUAGAAACAAAUUUUGCCCUAAAUUGUAAAGCAGCCAAACCUGAGGCCAUUGGAAUUUCUAAAGAGAAUCAUCAAACAAUCAAUGAAACAAAUCUUGACACAGAACUGAGUGCGAAUGAAGGAACCCCUGACCAACAUGGAGACAUUAUAGAAAACCAGAUAAAGAUAAUUGGGGAUUUUCAACACUCGAGUGGAUGCACAAACUUCAGUGAAAACUACGAAACAGCCAUUUACCAUGAAAUCAAUCAAGACCCAAGCAAAAUUUCUGCAGUGGUAAAAGAGGGCAUAAGUGAGAAUAUUUGUGAAAUAAGUACAAGGGCUGUUUAUAAAUCACCUAAAAUCAAAUUAGAUCCGAAUGAAGUUACUCAUGAAGCAGUUGAAGAGAGGUCAGAGACUGAGCAACUUUCAUAUGAUUCUGAUGUUGUAGAAGGCGUACAAAGCAGCAGUGCUCGAACAGAGCCGAGAUCCAUUGAAACCGAGUUUAAGAGAACAACAGGAAUCUCUCUUGAGGCAGAACCGGCAAUAAAUGAAGAAGAGUUUGCAAGAACAUUAAGAACAAAUUGUAAUUCCACAAAAAAUCACAUACUAGACUACCAAGGGGAAGAAUUAAAGGUCAUCCAGAGUUCUCCAGAAAUCCAAACAGAAUCACAAGAGGAUUUUGUUGAGGAUAAGCAAGGGGAGAUCAUUGGCUCACUUUUAACAGAAGCAGAAGAAAGUACGAAUUUUCUUAACAGAGACUUUGAGUCAAAUGCGAAGGAUACUGAAGCACCAGAUCUAGAUUACAGCACUUCACUAACAGCGCCAGAGGCCAACAUCCUAGAAGUACAACCACAUGACACUGAUCUUAAAGACAGUAAAACAAACACGUCUUCAGCUAACACAGGGAGUUGUGUUGACACACGCUCAGAUACUGAGGACUAUAUUCCAAAGACAAGAACUGAGGUUUCAGUUAACAGGACAAUAGAUGUAGGUGAGGCCUAUUCAGAAGACACUAGUGCCAAAAGUGAAAACGCUAUUCAAUUCGCUGAUCAGGAGAAUGAUUUUCCAUUUGAGCUGUUUAAACAGUGCAAUGGAGCUAGCUUAGAAGCAGAUCUAUUAUAUCCCUCAUUCAAAGAUAUUACAGAACAAAACUUAAACAUACAAAAUACUUCUAAAGAAGUAAUAAAAAAUGAGAUUUCUUCUCAAACUAAAGUAGAACUAAGGGAGGCAUGCUGUGUUUCACAAUCUGAGCAAGGGGGAGUAUCCACCGGAAGAUUACUAGCAUCACAUGAUAUUAUUUCUCAACAAUUGGGCAGCACAAUAGAAGUAGCUAAAAAAGAGACUACAACUGACAUUGAAUUAGUGCCAGUGUUCCCCCUUGAUCAGGCAACAUCAAGGGACAAUAAUACAGCUCCUAAAACUGGUACAGAAAAUAAUCACGUCUACAUUGUUGAUGUUGGAUUGAAGACCAGGGACCUACCUUUAGAGGCAAAGUCAGGAGAUACUGGAAUUUUGAACAGGAACCUGCACAAGAGGUGUAUGGCUUUUCCAACAGAGGCAGGUACUCUGCAAGGUGAAAGCAAUGAAAGGAUGGAUUAUGGCAACAUGCUAGAUGAAGAAUUGUACAGAAAUGAGAAUGGAAGCCAAGAGACAAUAAAAUUGGAUGCUGAAUCCAGUGAUAUUCCACACGUUUAUGAAACUGAUGGUAACAGUACAACCAGCGAUGAAACUGAUGAGAACAUUUACCCAUUUGGAAGUAACAGCAGUCUUCACAAAGCCCUGCAGAAACAGACCAACAAUAAAGGCGAUGACCGGUUUGGGUCUUUAUCUUCAUUAAACUCUUUCAGCUCACCUUUCAAAAACUCCAAAUUUUCAGUUUUCACCAAAAUGGCGUCAUUCAGGAAAAGCAAAGCCUCAAGUCAAGACCGUCCGAUCGAAAGCAACAGCAACGAUGGAAAUCGAAGUCAGUAUGCCAAAAAUGCAAAUGACAGUAAAACACAAACAAAGGGAAACACCAUUGGUGCUCCAGUGUAUAAAGUACAUUACCCUACUUAUAAAUCUCACCUGCCUCAUCAUUUCAGAAGUAGUGGCAAGAGUGAAUCCCCUAGUUUUGAUGGCUCAGAUGAUGAUGAUGAGGUUUUUGAAAGCAGUAGCCAGGAGAAUCAAACUAUGAAGUCUGUAUUUGGCUCAGAUAGUCUGCAGGAAGUAAAAGAUAUAGAAGAGAUUCAGAGAGUGGCAGAAAAUGGCCAACAUUUCCAUAGCAGGAGCACAGACUCCAUGGAAGGUGAUGAUAGUAAUGCUGAGGAGCAAAACAUCAAAAUACCUCCCAUGACAGAAAAGAGAUGCAAAAAGAGCAAAAGCUCUGAUAGUCUUAAUCUUAGAAUGAAAAGAGCCUUUGCCAAUAAAUCGCUUUCUGUGUUUUUUGAAAGUAAAUCUGGUGACAAAGAAAAUGCUAACCAAAAUUCUAAAUCUAGUAAGAAAAAUGAUGGUGAUGAAGGGAGGUCAAAACACUUGUCCUGGAGAAAAUUCAUGAAACUGAGUGAAUCGGAAUCCACGAAGAUAUCAAUGAACACUUCACAUUCACCCAGUGAAAAUCAAGCCAUAAGGCCACAGUCACAGGUACACAGUGAAUAUGCAAGGAGGAUCUCCAUGGAACAAGUAGAAAAUACUUCUUACUCAGGAGCUUCAUCUCCCUCGUCUCCUGGCACUCCAAGUAAAGCUCAGCUUUCCGUUAGCUGUUGUGAACAGGAUGAUGCUCCAAAGCUAUUGGGUCAAAGGCUUAGAAGGACAUCACCGAAUGAAUUAAGACUUAAACUGACAUUUGACAAUUGCCUAGAAAGUGAUGAUGUUUUCAAAACUUCACCAAAUCAACCCACUCCCAAUGCCUUACUGAAUCAGUUAAGCCCAACAUGGAAUAGACCCGGUGUGAUUUCAGAAUACUUUGAUGCCACUUUCCCUGCAAGACCAAUGAGUCCAAAACCACAAAGUCCCAGGUCAAGUUUUCGGAGAAGUUUUCGCUCCAGCAACAGAGCGAGUACAUCAUCCUGGACUUCUCUUGAUUCUAAUAAAACAACGGAUGGAGUGUUAGAAGGACCCGAAAGGCCAACAGAAUUGAAACCAAGGGGCAAUCUUCUUCUUUCUGUCCAAUCGCUGAAUUAUGAAUGUCAGAAAGAAGACAGUGGAAUUAGCAGUCAGUCACAGACAAGUCUAAAUACAACUUCUUCAGCCAUUGAUAUUGGCAAAGAGGAGGAAGUAAGUAAGCAUCCAACCCAAACAACACAAGAGAGGAACUCGACCAUGCCAACAGUCCUGCGAAAUCACCAUCAGAAUCACCCACGCCAGCGACCUUUCUCAGACUUUGGACAAAUGGCCUGGUUAUUUGAUCGUGCUGAAGGGAAAUGUAAACUAGAUAGUGAGGAUGAAAUAGAAGAAAUAUCUAUACCGCCUUACAAACGCUGCAACUCAGACGAAUUGUUGUUGGAAGAAGCAAGGAAGAGACGGAGAAAGUUGAUUGCAGAGCUUGAGAACUUCAGAACCACACAUGGCAGGAGCAAUGCUGAAGUCCGCAAUGAAGUUGGAAGGAGAUUUUCCUUUCUAUCUCCUCUCUCUUCUACCUUCAAAGACAUUCCUCUGAGAUUUCUUACAUUCUCCCAGAGCACGCCAACAGGACUCGACUGUAUCGGGUAUAAGCGAUGGAUGGCAACUCCUGUCAUUAAUGAUGGUGCACCAGAUAAGACUGCUUUUGCUGAUGAAGCUGGAAGUGAGGAGGAUUUGUAUGAGGACUAUCGGAGUGGAAAUCAUCGGUAUGGACACCAAGGAGGAGGGGGAGAACAGCUGGCCAUCAAUGAGCUCAUCAGCGAUGGCAGUGUGGUGUAUGCAGAGGCACUCUGGGACCAUGUCACUAUGGAUGUCCAGGAGCUGGGCUUCAAGGCUGGUGAUGUCAUUGAAGUAGUGGAUGCUACCAACAAAGAGUGGUGGUGGGGCAGGAUCGCGGACAGUGAAGGCUGGUUCCCUGCCAGCUUUGUGCGGUUGUGGGUCAACCAGGAUGAACCCAUGGAAGAAUACCCAGUCAAGGUUGAGGACGGAAAACCUGAUGAUGCCAAUAGUGCCAACCGUCGGCUGGCCACAGGCCAAUCAAAGAAAGACCAAAUGCGGACCAAUGUUAUCAGUGAGAUUAUGAGCACCGAGAAUGAUUAUAUCAAACAUUUAAAGGAUAUCUGUGAGGGUUAUGUUAAGCAGUGCCGGAAAAGGACAGACAUGUUCACAGAGGAGCAGUUACGGACCAUCUUUGGGAACAUUGAAGACAUUUACAAAUUCCAGAAGAAAUUUCUUAAAGGUCUGGAGAAAAAGUUCAAUAAAGAUCAGCCCCACCUGAGCGAGAUCGGUUCCUGCUUCCUUGAAUAUCAGACAGAUUUCCAGAUAUACUCUGAGUACUGCAACAACCACCCGAAUGCUUACACUGAGCUGUCCAAACUCAUGAAGAUCAACAAGUACGUGUACUUUUUUGAGGCAUGUCGCCUGCUUCAGAAGAUGAUUGAUAUCUCAUUGGAUGGCUUUCUGCUCACACCAGUCCAGAAGAUCUGCAAAUAUCCACUUCAGUUGGCAGAGCUGCUCAAGUACACCAAUCCAGAGCACAGAGAUUACAAUGAUGUGGAGGCUGCGUUGAAUGCCAUGAAGAAUGUUGCCAAGUUGAUUAACGAGCGCAAGAGGCGGCUGGAAAACCUCGACAAAAUUGCCCAAUGGCAGAGUUCAAUCGAGAAUUGGGAGGGUGAAGAUGUUUUGGCCCGAAGCUCAGAGCUCAUCCAUUCUGGUGAAUUAACAAAGGUCUCCCAACCUCAAGCCAAGAGCAAACAGCGAAUCUUUUUCCUCUUUGACCAUCAGGUGGUCUUUUGCAAGAAGGACCUCCUGCGUCGUGACAUCUUGUACUACAAAAGCAGGAUUGACACGGACAGCAUGGAAGUGGUGGAUGUCGAAGAUGGGAAGGACAAGGACUUCAACAUCAGCGUCAAGAACGCAUUCAAACUUCAAAACAAGUUCACAAAUGAGGUCCACUUGUUCUGUGCCAAGAAGUUGUCGGUCAAAGAACGUUGGCUUCAAGCCUUUGAAAAUGAACGAAAACAGGUUCAACUCGACAAAGAGACAGGCUUUGCUAUCACAGAAGUUCAAAAGAAACAGGCCAUGAUGAACGCAAAAAAAUCACAUCCAACUGGGAAGCCUAAAGCUGUCACCCGGCCUUACUAUGACUUUCUGACAUUGCGGCAAAAACAUCCAAUGAUGCCUUCAACCAUCCCCCAACAGCAGGUCUACAUGCUGGCUGAGCCUAAACGCAAACCAUCCAAUUUUUGGCAGAAUAUCGGAAGACUGACACCAUUCAAGAAGUGAAGGGACAGCUCAGUUAACGUGACUUAAUGCCUUUCCAAGGGAGCACUUUAAUGUCCAGUUGCAAUCAGAAUGAACUCCUGCUUUGUGCAUGUGUGCACGCUCCAAUGCAAACUGUGUGUAUUAUCACAUGACAACAAUUUCCUCAUUGGAAGGAGAUGGGAUAUCCUGCAUUCAGUAACUUUUCUGCUGAGAGCACAUCACCCUGAUAUGACCAGCAAGAGUUAACAGAAGAGCUGCCUACAUAUACUCUCACAUUGAUAACUACAGUCAAGCUCAAUGUUCACGCUCAAUCCAGAAGAAACCAAGCUUGUCCCAUUCUGUUGAAUAGAAGGUAUUGAGAUUUUUUUUAAAAAGAGAAAUGGUACAUCUUAUACCUACACAGCAAGAGUAGUUUUUUUAAAAAAAACUAAACCGAUUGCUGUAUCUGUAAGGCUGUGCAAGCAUUAGGAAACAGGAAAAAAACUCUACUGUAAACAAGUUUUCAGAGGCAUCUGUCUUGCAGCAGUUUGACCUUCUGUACUUUCAGUGGAAUGAAACAUUGUGUGCCUAUAAGCAAAUGAUUAUUAUUGAAAAUUGUUGGUGAACUGAUAUCACACUGUUCAAAAUCUCUUGCCAAUCUUUCGGAAGAAAAUGCCAAACUAACUGCACAAAGCUCAAAGGUUUAAAAGGUUCUGAACUGGCAAACAGCACUAAAUGUUGCUGGGCGUCUACAAUUGAACCAUGGGUCUACAAUCGUUCCUUUCAAUUCUGAAACCGGGGAUUUAACCCUGGGCAGAAGGACAGGCUGAAGAUCUCUUCUCCCUCACAUCUGAACAAAACCUGGUUGCACAGUGAAGUGGACACUGCACUCAGUUGGCACUGAAAUAAUCAGAGCAUGUGGUCCCCUCCUCAAGUAUUUACAGUAUUACCUUGAUCGCUAGAUAAAUGAUCAGGUUGAAUUUAACCAGUGUAAAGGAGGAGAGAGUAACAUGCCAAGUUGUUAUGUGCUAAUGUUUAUAAAUGAAUUGUGUAAAUAUUAACAAAAUGAUUUAUUUAUGUAUAUUGAAUUUAUUGUACUUGUUCUUGCUGUUUGGCUUCUCCAAAUUUUCUCCAGUACAAAUGCCUUAUUAAGGAAUGCACUUACCUGAUUGCUUGAUUUUUUUUAAAAGUCCCUGGUGUGGAAACAGUUUUACUUCAGAAAUAAUUAACUUCAUUUUCCAAGAAUAAUGUUAAGGGUGUUUGAGAAUCAUAAUAGUGUUAGUCAUUUGACUGGUGGUAGAUUGGCUGAUGUUAUUCCACAGUUUGCUGUCCUGCAUUAAGUUAGAUUUCAAACAAUGAUUUCCUGCAGAGAAACCUUUCUGGAUGAAUUAUCAGAUCAAAUUCACUAAAUAUGAAUGGCAAAUGAACACAAUGAAAUGCAAUUAGGUCUCGGAGGGCGGUGGAAUCUGUAGUUAACCACAAGACUGUACUGUAAUGUUGCCAUGUUUUUCAGUGAACAGUACCUAUUUGUGUCAUAAAACCUGACUUAUUAAGGCCAGGAAGAGCACAAACUAUGAGAAAUAUUUUGUAUUAUCUUUUCCAAUGUCAAUAUUGUUCAACCGCAAAAAGGUGAAAAAAAACCCCCACAACAGCCUAUAAUCUGUAGCACACUUGCAUUUGUGCAGACAAAGUAUUGAUAGCCAUACAGGACCUCAUCAAAAGAGAAGGAAAGUUAAGGAAAAUAAAUCUUCACCUCCACAUUAUAAAUGGAAAUUAAAAUAUUCACAUCGUGAUUAAACUUGUAUGCCCAACUGAAGUAGCAUCAACCUUAUUGCUGAAAUGGCUCACAGAUAUCCCCAUCAUCCUGAGUUAGCCCCAUUACCAACAAUCUGAUCUGCAGUUUUGAAUUUGUGAAACCCAGAGCUGAGAGGUCAACUUGCCCACUGCUGGCGCGCAACACGUAAAACUUGCUUGCUUUUCAUUUGCAAUUAAACAACUCUGUGGCCAGUAAGGGCCCUGCUGAUGACAAAAUGACAUUGCUUAGUUCAGCAAUGAGAGAGACUCACUGGAGAAUAGGCUGUCCAAUAACUUGUAAUAUUAGCAAUGCUACAAAUAAAAUGCUAGUGUUGUUUUUCUAUGGUUCUCCAAAAACGUACUUUAAUGAUAAAUUCCCCUCCUCAAAAUUGCAACAGUAGUCCCAGAUACGUCUGAUCACAGCCCAAACAGUUCCGGAGUCUUGGGCAUAAGUUCCAUCAAAAGGCAGUGUCAACACAAUGCAAUUAGUGAAACAUUUCAGUCAACAGUAGGAGGAGGAAAAGUUUGUUGGGCAGUUAUUCUAUUCAAACUUCUCAGUCUUGUCUUUUGUGUGUAGGCAUAAUAAUAUUUCCGAUUUUUUUUUGUUUUAGAUCAUAUUAAAAAGGUUAAUCCUCAGUGUCUCUGCUUUCCCCCUAAAUCUACUCCACAAGCUAAGGACCCCAAAAGAAAUCACUCUUUAGGGUGAUUGCUAAGAGGGUGUCUGGAGCUACUCAACUCUGACUGCAGCAGCCAGCCAUGAUUGUUUUAUACAUCCAUUUAAAUCCAACCAUUUUGGAAUGAGCUACAGGAGCAUCCAAUGUUCUUCUUUGUGCCAAUCAAGCCAAUGGUGUCCAUCUUUGACACAGGAGAUCUGAUAGAGAAUGCAUUAAUGAUACGGCAUUUUGUAAGGUAAAUAAAGGAAAAAUAAAUUUCCAUUGGUUGGGAGCAUCGAUGUUGUAAACUUACUAUUGCUAAAAAGAUUGAAGAAAGAGUUUAUGAAAAAUGUUUUUACACAGCUGUAGUGUUAGGACGUGAGAUGCCAUACUGGAAACAACAAUGAAAGCAGAAAUAAGCGCAAUUUUAAAAAGGGUGUGGACAAAGGUUUGAAAAGGAGUCAACGAAAGGGAUUUGGGGCAAGUGCAAGAGAAGGGGACUGUGAAGAGCUUUAUCAAAGAGCCAUAAUAGAGACUGUGAGCUUGAUGGCCACCAACUGUGCUCUAAAAUUCAAUGAUUCUGUGAGGGAUUAUACACACUAACAAUGUCAUUUAACUAACUGAAGAAGUCAAAAUACAAAUAUUUGCCUCCACGUUGAGCAGAGACAUUUAUUUACAAAGUCCACGUUCAUAAAGGAACUGCACCCUCUGGACUUCACUUCCUGCUUAACUUAUUCAAAUUAAAUAGGCUAUUAUGGUUCAGCAGCUUUCUGUUUGGUUCACUCAGUUUGAUUUCUAUUCAACUUUUUUUUUUGUAUCUCAUGUUGUCAGUAGAUCACUCCUCUCCUGCCCAUGUCUGUGUUUCUGCUUCUUGAUCAUAUAGACUAGUCUGUGGCCAAAUUACCAAAUCAAAUUUCAGUGGGUAAAUUUUCUACUUGAUGCAUUGUCAUUGGUCAAGAUUGGCUGGCUGUUAUAGAAAUUGUCUUAUUUUAAUUCUGUGAUUUACACAAAAAAAGAUCAGGCAGCUAAUACCAAUGAUAGUUUUACACACAGCUGGCAGAUUGAAAGGAUUUUUAUAAACAGUAAAGGAAGUCCAAAUUCUGGAAAUCACAGAUUUUUCAGAUGUGCAAAGUAAAUAAGUAAACAUAGCUAUUUGUAAUAAAUGUCCCUGGCAGGAAAGCAGUUGAUUUCAUCAUUUUUAUACUGAUGUGCAGAAGGCUGUGUAUAUACAAUCUGAAUCCUUUACCCCCUCCCUGACACCAUCUAGAUAAACAUCCUGUUCCACAGACAUUUUUAGUUCGGAACAAAACGUAGCAAGCCAUUCGUCUUCAAGCUUGAUGGUAGUCGAGAAUCCUUGAUGCUGCUUGAAUAAACUGACUGUCCAAAUAACAUCACCACUGAACACGAUCAGACCUCACCUGAGAACCUGUCCAUGCUACAUUUCAUAUAAAUAACCACAUAUUUGGCCAAGAUCAAAGUUCUCAUUCGGUAUUUCACAGGAUUGUUUUGCACAUCUCCCUUGGGUGAGUGGCUCCUGGAUUUUAAUGAUGGCUAACUGCUAAUUCUUACCACUGUCCUAAAGUUCCUUCCUUCCCCUAAGCACUGUUUUUCAUUCCCUAUGCUUGCCACAGUUAAACAGAUAACUGCUGUUAUUCACGAGAUAGUAGGAACUGCCAAUGCUGGAGAAUUUGAGAUAAUAAGUUGCAGGGCUGGAUGAACACAGCAGACCCCUUGAAGAGCCCAGACCCGAAACAUCAACUUUCCUGCUCUUCUGAUGCUGCCUGGCCUGCUGUGUUCAUCCAGCCCUGCAACUUGUUAGCUGCUGUUAUUCAUGCUUAUUGUCAUGAAUUGCACAUGAAGAACCUUUGCUUCCUCCUAGUGAAGGAGUAUCACUCAUUGAAAGCCUUCUAAAAAAAAUUACCAUUCUAAAUUUUAGGAAAAGCCCUUUAUCUCUGUGCUUCAUUGAAGGAUACAGCAGCACAGUGGGUUGGGAAUAAGUUAAAGCAGUUUCUUUAUAAUGUGAGUUACUUAAAGCCUUUGGCUGUUGAUGUCAUGUUUAGCCAUUACAUACUAAACUUUGUCCCAUUGGGAAGAAUAGGAAUGCUGUAAUUGGUAGCAAAACAAAAUGCAUUUAGACUUUUUUUGAAGCAUGACAUUUAUUUGCCUCAUGACUAUGUUUUUGAAUAGAAAAUGUUUCUAUAGAUUACAUUGGAAAAUUCAUUAUGUCAUUUCAAAUACAUCAUUUUAAACCAAUAUUACCAAAGUUUUGCAUUCAAGAACAAUGAUUCUUGGAAAAGAAAAUUGAUGUAAUAUUGUUUGGAAACAAUGUCAUUCCUGUAUAGGCUCAUGACAGGUAGUGCACAAUAUAAAUAUACUAUUAGUGUAUUUUUUAAAUGCUGCAACUGUAGGGUAAAAACCAUUUUUAGUGAGAUUAAGUCCACGAAAAGCCAACACACUAAUCUUGAUUAGGAAACCUCACCUCAACAUUUUUGAAGGCAACAUCCUUUGUGCUUUGAAGUCCAAAUUUACAGGACGGUCCACAUGACGGGUAAUAUUAAACAUCCAGCAUUGUAACAAUACUGACCAGGAAACUGGACCUCAACAUGUAGAAAAAUUUCAUCUCAAUUGAUCAAAAUUCCUCCCACAUAAAGAAGCAAUUCUUUUAAAAAUGUACUUUCAAUGACUGACUAAAUUUUCACUGCUAUGGGUUUUGGUUUGACUGUGUAGAGCACCAAAACUCUUAUUGCUAUGUGAAUUUCGCAUUUCUGUUCGUGUGCCAAGUUACAAGCAUUUUUUUAAGUCUGCUAUCAUCUACAACAAUACAUAAAUUUAUUUUCCACCAUUCUGUGGAAAUCAUUGUGGGCCAAAUCUUAGCUUUGUUGAAGACGUAUAAAAUAGAUGAUAGCAAGUCAACAUCCUAAUUUACAUCUCUGCUGAUACUUUAUUGAAUCAAUCAAGAGGAAAGUGAAAUAAGCAGACUACUGGCCAUUCUACACUUUUGCGCAAAGUCAGAAGUUACCCCGUUCUGUUUGUCCGGCAACACUUUGAGCGUUUAGUCCUCCUGUGUUACCCAAACGUAACUCAGGUUUUCAGAUUGUAAGGCAGCAAUAUAUUUUGGAACUUACUGGCAACAGUGGAAUCUCAGAGCUGACGACUGUAAACAAGACUGUGGAAUUCCUUAAACAAUGCUUUUAAUGCUUUGUGUAAUUAUUCUGGCAAAUGGGUCCUGAGCUCCUCAGCAUUCCCACUCCUUUACUGGUGUUGUCUCAAGUAUUGUUGGUCAAAGACUUUCAUUAAGGUGAAAUGUAUCUUACUGCCUUGUUAUCCUUUUGUGGUGAAAGAGCCCCCAUCCAUUUUUUAGCAGUGAUAUCUUAUCUAGUUUGGUUUCCUGAAUUUAAACACUAGAUUACAUCAGCGAACUUGCUUCAAUACAAAAUAAGGCUGUGCUUAAACCAAUUUCCUGCCACUGUACAAAGGAUUAAGCACUUUAAGUUGAACUGAUGUACAGUGAUCUAGUUCUGAUCAAUGAAUUACAGUUAAUUUGCCUUCAGUCUGUACACUUGCAUAUAACGUGAGCCCACUGUUGGCAUGAGUCCGCUUUCUCCAUACAGUCUGUGGCUCAGGUCUUACGAGAGACAUGCCACAUCAUGGCAACAAUCAAGUUGCACUGUGCUGUUUUAUACAUGGUAUCUGUUCAUACUUUUGGUGAAACAAUGGAAAACUCAAAAGUGCCAUUUUCCAAAAGGCUCUUUAUAAGCAGUGGGAGCAGGUGAUGACAUUUGAAGUUAGAAGAUGGCAGUACACAUUGGGUAACCUCUUAUUCUUUUGUCUGUGGCUGUGGAAUAACUUGUCAGAGUUAUAAAGUUUUAACAGUAUUUUUUGAAAUCUAUGGUGUAGCUUUCAAAUUACUAGGGUACUAAUGUGUUCAGUACAUACCGUGUCACCAAGAUUGGUUGUAAUGUUUUGUACAUACAAUGCUCAAUGAUCUGUCAACAAGUUUCAUAGCUCUUAUGUUUCAGGAGGAAUUGAUUUUAGGGAUUUUUUUUCUUUCACUCGUGUGCUAGAUACUUGUGAUAAGCAAGUAGAAUUUGCUGAAAAAAAAUACAUGACAGUGUUUGUAUAAAUUCUAUCUUUGUACAUGGAUGUUUGUUUACAUAAGCACUUCAAACAAGAUAUGGGGAAUAAAUGUUUUCAUUGUGUCAAAGCA